AGUGACGUCCGUGAAAUCCCCUCCCAUCAAGAAGUCUUCCUCUCCCGAACAACCCUAAGUUCCCAAAUCACCGAAAUAAACCAACGCGUCACCGACUCCGACACAGCCUCUCUCGAUACCCUUAUAGGCUCAUCAUACCUACAAGCUCACCAGCUUGACGCCGACGCAAAAGCAGCGCUGUACCACGUCCACGAUAUCUGUGAUGAGGACGAUAAGCUGGAGAUUGUGACGCCGCCGACACGGGUUUCUUUGGGGAAAUUCUCGGCUGGGAUUGUGGGGUAUCGGGGUGUUGUGAGGGUUACUUCUCCUAAGGGGAGAUCUGCGGCUAGAGCUGGUUCUGGUUCUGGUUCUGGGUCUGUGUCUGGGAUUGGGAUUGGGGGUGCGGUUGCAGGGUCUAGUUCUGAAGGGGGACUGACUAGUACUGUGACGUUGUGGUAUUUGGUGGUGAGGUUGGUGGAGCAGGAGACGGAUCUGGUGGUUUUUGUUAAUGUGCCCAGGGAGGAGUUUGAGAAGGCUGGGGAUUUGAGGGGGUUGGAGGCGGAGGAAAAGUUGGCUGAAGGGUUGAUUUCGGGGUUGGUGGAUGGGUUGGAGGUUGUUGAUUGGGAUUUGUUUUGUUAGGUUCUUUUCUUUCUUUCUUUCUUUCUUUCUUUCUCUUUGGGGAGUGUACGAUUGAGUCAUGGGCUUGGGAAUGAUGGUUGGGAUUGACUGUACUUGGGAGGAUUUUAUAGGAUUUGCAUCUUUGCAUGGCAGAUUUGGUAGGGAUAAAUGGGUUAGGGAACUGCAUACGGUUUCCAUGGAUGAGAGGGAUUGAGACUAAGACACUGGCAUGUAUAUAGAUAGAACUAAUUAGAUAGAUUAGUGAUAGUCAAAUCCGAAAUCAAUCGAUUGUGA